ACCAGCCAGUCAGUCCGUAAAGAGAAACCACUGGCGAGACUUUGAGGCAGCAGCACAGGACGGGGGUUCAAAAACGAGCCGGUAAUGUGGAGUCGGCAGCCGAAGGACACCACCAACUGACUCCAAGGACUGUGAAAGGAAACACCGGAGCCCGAGGAGCUGUCAUUUUUAACUUAGCGGCUCCACCGGCUCUCCUCUUCAGUCACAGACUCCAGACGCUCGCGCUCUGGCUGGCUGGCAGGUUAGCUAACCCCCGCUAGCUACUCGGCUAACACCCACCGCUGCUCGCACCCUUUCUCACCGGGAGAAACCGCACCUGUCCCGGCUGUCAGUCACACAGUAUCCUCUUAGAAACUCAAAACAAUGUGCUGCUUAAUUCUGACUGACUUUUCACGCCCGAUGGGGGUUUUAACACACACUUUUCCAAGCGACCAGUGAUUGCUAACUAAAGCUAACAAGUUGACGUGGAGGAGGAACUCAACAUUUUUUUUUUUUUUUGGAUUGUCGAGAUUGUUGUUGAUGUUUUCCAAACUGUGAUUUCACACGGAUUACUUUUUGUUGUCGCCCAACCCGGAGGUGGUCUCCCAAAACAAAUCGUCCAGGUUACAAACCAGCCAAGUUAGCUAUGUUUAUUUGUGGCCAGAAAGUAAUUUCCAGUGUUUACAAAUUCCACAGUGGGACUCUUUCCUGGUUCGAGUACUGCAACGGAAACAUUAGCUAACACAGACUAGCUCAGAUUAGUGUCGUCGUGUUGUGUUUACUAGAUAGAUAGAUUAACUGUUGCCAAACAACUCAACUACACUGCAAAUCAGCUGUUGAUUGUGGUUUAAGCCAAUCUUGUACCUGCAGUUUUUUUGCCACCAGUGAUCUGACAUUACUGCAGACUGCACAGGUUUUAUACGCACCUGAAACAAAAAAAAAGACACAACAGUGGGUGUCUGAUCGCAACCCUUUACCUCCACUUGACAGUGAAGUCACGUUGAGUUGUGUCCCGCGGGGAGUUGAUCCAUUGAUCGGAUCGUUAUUGUGCUAUUUUAGCUGAUCGCGGUUUUUAAAAAACAGCAAAUAGAUACAGAAGAAGCGAUGUCGGGCCAAUCUAUAACGGAUCGGAUCGCAGCAGCGCAGCACAGCAUGACCGGGUCGGCUAUCAGCAAGGCUGUGUGCAAAGCCACCACGCAUGAAGUCAGCGGACCCAAGAAGAAACACCUUGACUAUCUGAUCCACUGCACCAAUGAGAUGAACGUGAACAUUCCCCAGCUGGCGGACACGCUGUUUGAGCGCACGGCCAACUCCAGCUGGGUGGUGGUCUUCAAAGCUCUUAUCACCACCCACCACCUCAUGAUGUACGGCAACGAGCGUUUCAUCCAGUACCUGGCCUCCAGAAACACUCUGUUUAACCUGAACAACUUCCUGGAUAAGGGAGCUCUGCAAGGUUACGAUAUGUCAACCUUCAUCAGACGAUACAGCCGUUACCUGAACGAGAAGGCCAUGUCCUACAGACUGGUGGCUGUGGAUUUCACCAAGAUGAAGAGAGGGAUUGACGGUGUGAUGCGUACCAUGAACACAGAGAAGCUGAUCAAGACGUUGCCCAUCAUUCAGAACCAGCUGGAUGCUCUGCUGGAUUUCCAGGCCAACCCAAAUGAGCUGACAAACGGAGUGAUCAACUCAGCCUUCAUGCUGCUCUUCAAAGACUCCAUAAGGCUGUUUGCUGCCUACAAUGAAGGGGUCAUCAACCUAUUGGAGAAAUACUUUGACAUGAAGAAGAACCAGUGCAAAGAUGCUCUGGACAUCUACAAGAAAUUUCUUUACAGGAUGACGAAGCUGUCAGAGUUCCUCAAGGUGGCCGAGCAAGUUGGAAUAGAUCAGGGUGACAUCCCAGAUCUCUCACAGGCCCCAAGCAGCCUCCUGGAGGCUUUGGAGCAGCACCUGGCCUCUCUGGAGGGCAAGAAGACUAAGGAAUUGAACGCAGACACCAGAGCGUCCACUCUGUCCAGCGCCGUCUCAUCUCUCUCCUCCACCGGCAUGUCCUUCAGCCGCAUGGAUGAGAAGGAGAAGCAGCAGGCCCUGGAGGAGGAACAGGCCAGGCUGCAGGCUCUAAAGGACCAGCGCCUGAAGGAGAUCGGUAUGCAGACUCCACCCUCUGCCUCCCCGAACAGCCAAUCGAUAGGCAGUGCCAACAACAACCACAUCUCACAAACCCCAGAGUUGUUCACCUCCACGCUGUCUACAAACAGUGUGCCCAAUCUGAACAGUGACCUGUUUGAUCUUCAGCCGGCCUUCAUCCCCGCUGUGCAGAGCACUCCUUCAAUCUCCACCGCCAACAGUGCCUGGGGAGGAUUGGAGAGCCAGCCUCUGCAGCAGACCACCACAGCCAUGGCUGUAGAUUUCGAUGCCGUGUUUGGGAAUAAUGCCACGCCCAGUAACAACGGCCCACAACCUGCAGCCGGUUUUGAUGCUCUAGGAGACCUGUUGAAGCCUACGAUGCCCACACACACUGCACCUCUUCCUCCUCCUCAAAUGGCCAUCCAUCAUGGAGGAAAGCUGCUAGCCAACGACCUCGACUCGUCUCUGGCCAACCUCGUGGGCAAUCUGCAGUUUGGUGGGACCCCUGCCAAGAAGCCAGAGAUGCAGUGGAACCAGCCUGGAGAGAAGAAGCUUACAGGAGGCCAGAAUUGGCAGAAUAAGACCAUGUCGACCACACAGUGGGGCCCCGCGCCCAUGGCCCCACAGCCCAUGCCUGUACAACAUGUGGCUCCAGCGCCCAUGGCUUUUCCCAUGACCACACCGCAAGUGCCUGUGUAUGGAAUGGUCCCUCCCCAGAUGGGUCAGAUGGGCGGGGUACCAGUGAUGGCUCCUCAGCCAAUGAUGUACAACCAGCCUGUUCUCAGACCCACCAAUCCCUUUGCGCCCAUGCCCGGAGCCCAGAUGCAGUUUAUGUAAUCCAGUCAGGGGAGGAAGCAGAGUGCCAAAAGCGACAAACAGCAGAAGAAAACACACAAGAGGAACGAUCAGAUGGACGGAGGAAUGAUUUGAUCAUGCUAAAACGACUAAGAGACAGACAGACGACAAGAUAACCAACCAACACCAAAAAACAAGGUGGAAAGAGGAGAAGAUGACCGAACAGAGGAUGGAGGGAUGUGGUGGAGAGGACGGUUGUUGUCUGAAACAACUUCUUGCAAGUGUGUGUGUGUGUAUGCGUGUGUGUGGCUUCUUUCUGUUCUACUGUCUAAUUUGUGUUUUAAAUGGAUGGAGUGAUGCUUCAGGAGAGGGAAUCAGGAUGAGAGAGAAUGAAGUGAGGAAAGAUGGAGGCGGAGAGAAGAGGGGGAUGAGGAAACCCUACCUCUGGUUUUCAGUCAAACCCGUCUGACUGCUGUGAGAGUCUCUGCUGCAGAAUUAGCUUUAUUUCAUACUGGUGCUAUUUUGUCCUCUCUGGGUUAUCGUCUGCCUGCAACGGCAACUUGGGAGCACUUAGGAGGGGACAAGUGUUUGUUUAGUGUGUGUGGAAGUAUGUGUGCGGGAAGCAGUUGUUUCAGACAAUACCUUUGCAACCGACCUCAUCUCCAUCCCCUUCGUUCGCCGCCUGUGUCCACAAAUGUCCAAUCAGCGAGAGAUUUAGAGGCAAAUCUUCUCAAGUGUGUUUCCCGUAAUUUUAUGCUCUCUGUUGGGGGUAUCUUUGUAUUUUUCAAUCUGUUUUCUUCUGCAGCCUCUCCUGAAUGUUAUCGGGGCUUGUACAGCAAUUUUGUUGAACCAUUUGUUAAUAGUAGUUGAGCGUUUGUUGCUA